AUGAAGUUCACCUCAGGUCUGCAUGUAAGCUUCAAGAAUUAUGUUUCAGCAAUGGAGGCAUAUUUAUCAGGCUCGGUCAGCACCUUUGACGGCUGGUUCGUGAAUUUGAAGACACCCCUUUACCCACGUCUUGCUCAAGGGAAGUACUGGGAUGAAAAUUGGGGUCUUAGUUGCCCUGAUGAGGUUGUGGUGACAUACCCAGACGGAGUUCAUACAGUUGUUCGUCGUUCAGAUUUUCACACAAGUGAAUUUGCAAAGGAUGACGACCCCUCAUCGAAGGGGUAUGUUUAUCCUAAGUAUCCUUACUGCCGGCUAUGGGUUAAGCUUGCCGUUGAGACAACGCUUUUUGAUGGGAGUGAUAGUUAUCAUGGUGAAUAUUUCCGCGAAGCCUUGGUAGAAGAAUGUGGUAUUGAGAUAGACGUAGGCGAGUCAAAGAAAGGUUCGACUUCUACUUGUAGGGUUCAAGAUUAG